GCGGGGGGGACGCUGGAGAGGGAGCGUUUGGCCGGAUCGAGCUGGGAGAAGCGCUGGGGCUGCCCCUCUGCCUCGGCUCCACCGCCCCGGGCCUCCACCUCCGUUGGCUGGAAAGAGGCGCCGGGUCUGCUCGGAGCUGCCGCGGGGGAAAAAACGCGGGGGUCCCGGUCGCGGGAGAACGCCGGGCCGGGCCCUUCGGCUUUCCGCGCUCCAGAAGAGGCUCCCAUCGGCUACGCCGGGGAGUCGCUCUGCGGAGCUCCCGGAAGAAAAGCGGCUCCGGCCAGAAAACCAAGCGCCGCGCGCGCGGGACCGAGGAGCCGCGCCACCGGCGGCCCGAGCGACCCCCGCGCGCUCCGUUUCCGCUUCCUCUGCUCGGAGGGCCGAGCGCGGGCCCCGUGUGGCGGCGGCGGCACCAGGGGCGGCUCGCUCCCGGGGCUCCCGCGAGGAGGCUGCCCGGGUGGCGCUUGUCCAGAGCCCGGCAGCACAAGCGGCGGCUCCAGCGCAGGCAACCGGGCCCGGCCCCUCCCGCUGCUCGGCGACCCCUGGGCUCCGCGCUGGGCCGCCCUGGCGACUGCAAGAUGCUGCCGGCCCGCGCCCCCCGCCCUCCGCGCCUGAGAUGGAGGCCCCCCGCCCGGCGGGCCCUGCCGUAGGGCUGCUCCCGGGCCAGGGCAGGCAGGCGGGCAAAGGGGUGGCCGUCCGGGGCCUCCUUUGGCUGGCCCUGACCCGGGAGCUGAAGCGGCCCUGCCCGGAGGCGCGGGCCUCGGAGGCGGAGGGCUCGGCCGAGCGGCGGCCGCGGGGAGAGCCCGGCACCCUCCGGCGCGGGCCCGUCGGCCGGCUGGCUCGGGACUACGUGGUGCCCUGCCUGGCUCGCUACGGCCUCUGCGUGAAGGACGCCUUCCUCGGGGAGGCGCUGGGCGGGCAGAUCCUGGCGCAAGUGGAGGGACUGCACCGCGGCGGCAAGUUCCAGGACGGGCAGCUGGCGCUUCGCAGAGCGGGGCCCGCCCGCCGCAUCCGCGGGGACCAGGUCGCCUGGGUGGAGGGCCGGGAGCCCGGCUGCCGAGCCAUCGGCGCCCUCAUGGCCCGCCUGGACGAGCUCAUCCUGCAGUGCGCCGGGCAGCUGGGCGGCUACGAGAUCAACGGCCGGACGAAGGCCAUGGUGGCAUGUUACCCUGGCAAUGGCCUGGGCUACGUGCGGCAUGUGGACAACCCCCACGGAGACGGGCGCUGCGUCACCUGCAUCUACUACCUGAACCGGAAGUGGGACAGCAAGGUGCACGGGGGCCUCCUGCAGAUCUUCCCAGAGGGCCGCUCGGUCGUGGCCAACAUCGAUCCCAUCUUUGACCGGCUGCUGAUCUUCUGGUCCGACCAGCGCAACCCACACCAAGUGAAGCCGGCCUUCGCUACCAGGUAUGCCAUCACGGUCUGGUACUUCGAUGCCAAGGAGCGGGCCAGAGCCAAGGAGGCACACCAACGGGCUUCUGCUAGGAAGGAAGGAGCCUCUUCGGGGACUGACGGCCCCACGUGACGGGUGGAAGACGUUGCCGUGGGAACCUGGCUGGCAAGGCCCUCCCAGCUGCCUGAGGAUGCUGCCACGGCUGGGCUGGGACACCCCAAUGCAGGGAGGGGGUCUUGGGGGAAAGAGGGGUCCUGGGCUGCAGAGAGGAACCCUACCUACGUGCUGGGAUGUGUGGGCUUUGCCCUAUGAUGUGCAGCUGUGCUCUGGCCAGUCCGUAAAUGCAGCUCCACUUUGCACAUGGGGUGCUAUGGGGAACCCCCUGGCAGCCCCCUCCUGCUGCUGCCCCUUUGUGGACGAGGAGACAGAGAGGGGUGGGGCUGUGGAAUAAAGAUACCUCAUUUGGAAA